GGGGCGGGGCCGCUCCGAGGAGCGGGGUCCGGCCCGGCCCGGCCCAGCCCAGCCCAGCUCAGCUCGGCUCAGCUCAGCAUGUUGCGGGCGCUGGUGCGCAGCUCCCGGCUCUGCCCGGCCCAGCUCCGGGCGCCCUUCUCUGCCGCCGCCGCCUCUCCCAUCCCGGCGCCCAACCCGCGCCCCGACAUCGCCUUCAACAAGAUUUUCAUAAAUAACGAAUGGCACGAUGCUGUCAGCAAGAAAACCUUCCCCACCAUCAACCCAGCCACAGGGGAAGUCAUCUGCCAGGUGGCUGAGGGCGAUAAGGCAGAUGUGGACAAGGCAGUGAAGGCAGCCAAGGCAGCGUUCCAGCUGGGCUCUCCCUGGAGGAGGAUGGAUGCUUCCCAGCGGGGGAAGCUGCUGCACCGCCUCGCCGACCUGAUCGAGCGGGACCGGGCCUACCUGGCAGCUCUGGAGACUCUGGACAACGGCAAACCCUACGCCAUCUCCUACCUGGUGGAUCUGGACAUGGUGGUCAAGUGUCUCAGAUAUUGUGCAGGCUGGUCGGAUAAAUUCCAUGGGAAAACCAUCCCGCUAGAUGGAGACUUCUUCUGCUACACGAGACACGAGCCAGUGGGAGUCUGUGGACAGAUAAUCCCAUGGAACUUCCCACUGUUGAUGCAAGCCUGGAAACUGGGGCCUGCCCUGGCCACUGGGAACGUGGUGGUGAUGAAGGUGGCAGAGCAAACCCCCCUGAGUGGCCUCUACGUGGCCAGUCUGAUCAAAGAGGCUGGAUUCCCACCAGGAGUGGUGAACAUCAUCCCUGGCUAUGGGCCCACGGCAGGGGCUGCCAUCUCCUCCCACAUGGACAUUGAUAAAGUGGCUUUCACUGGCUCCACAGAGGUUGGGCACCUGAUCCAGAAAGCUGCAGCAGAGAGUAACCUGAAGAGGGUGACCCUGGAGCUUGGAGGGAAGAGCCCCAAUAUCAUCAUGUCCGAUGCAGACAUGGACUGGGCAGUGGAUCAAGCCCACUUCGCCCUGUUCUUCAACCAAGGGCAGUGCUGCUGUGCCGGGUCCCGCACGUACGUCCAGGAGGACAUUUACAAUGAGUUUGUGGAGAGGAGUGUUGAGAAGGCCAAGGCCAGGGUGGUCGGAAACCCCUUCGACUUUAAAACUGAGCAGGGGCCUCAGGUGGAUGAAGAGCAAUUCAAGAAGAUCCUGGGUUACAUCAGCUCUGGGAAGCGCGAGGGAGCCAAACUGCUGUGUGGUGGCAACGCCGCUGCCGACAGGGGCUACUUCAUCCAGCCCACGGUCUUUGGGAACGUGCAGGACAACAUGACCAUUGCCAGGGAGGAGAUCUUUGGGCCGGUCAUGCAGAUCCUGAAGUUCAAAACCAUCGAGGAGGUCAUUGAGAGAGCAAAUGAUUCCAAGUAUGGGCUGGCAGCCGCCGUGUUCACCAGGGACCUGGACAAGGCCAACUAUGUGUCCCAGAGCCUGCGGGCUGGCACAGUCUGGAUCAACUGCUACAACGUGUUUGGUGCCCAGGCCCCCUUUGGGGGCUACAAGGCCUCUGGGAAUGGGCGAGAGCUGGGGGAAUAUGGGCUGGAUGCCUAUGUGGAGGUGAAAAAUGUGACAAUCAAAAUUCCACAGAAAAACUCCUAAAGGAAAGGACAGCAGCCUCUCCAGGAAUUUGGAAACGCUUCUGCAGCUUCACGAGACAAAAAGCAGCAAAACCUCUAAACACACAAAAUUUAGGUGCAAAAAUAACAUAACUCCACGUUGAGAGAUUUUUUUUUAGAAGGUGUUUGAAGGAGCUUUUGUUUAAAAAAAGACAUUACUUGGCUUUAUCUUUUUAAAAUACCAAAUACAGCGAGUUGAGCACUAACACGAGAUGGGUUAUUUUGGGUACAGUCACCCACAUGAGAUGGGCAUGAUCUUUCAAUCUGUAUCUGAUAGAUACGCUUUUUUUCCCCCAGAGAAAUCAUUGAACUGCUUGUUUAGUCUAGGAGGGUUUAUAUAAAGUAACAAUUCUUUGUUGGCUUACAGAGCUGUCUCUAUACCCUUGCCCUAUAAACUAUGUAUGUCCCUCUUGUGUGAGCAGACUGAACUCGGUGUGUACCUGAGCAGGGAGUGAAAUCUGUGAGGUGAAAGUGUUUUCUUGUUCCUUCCUGCUCUUUGUAUCCACUCCCAAUAAACAUUCCUGUCUAAGUGCA